AUGGUGGCACUUCGCACCAGCCUUCACGCCACUGUUGCAGCUCUCAUACUGGUGUCCUCGCACGCAAUCAGCACUGCACUGGAAGACCGUAGGACGAAUAGCGACGGUGAUUUUCGUCCGCGUGCCGAUGUCCCAACGCUCAAUUGGACGUUCAAGAGCAGCUCAAAAAGCUUGGAAUUCCGGUCAAUGGGUUCCAAAUCCAUCUCAAAACUACCCGUUGUUAAGCGCAACGCCCGCGUUGGAAUAUCGCCGCUAGAAGCAAUUCAAUUCCAGGCUUUCUAUGGAAUCGAUGCACAGGUUGGCGGAAAAACUUCUCGGAUGUUGGUUGACACUGGCGCAGUGCUGACUUAUGGGCUACCGUCGGAAAACGUCACUUGGGUCGAUCGCAAUUUGAAGUAG